AUGAAAAAUUCUAUGAUUAUUCCAGCACGCUCGGAAUCAAUUCAUUUUAUUAUUGUGAGUGAGGAUGUAACUGGAGAAGUAGUAGUAUGCAGUAAAGAGUUAACGAAGGAUGUCUUUAUAGCAAACGCAAUAACUACAGUUAGUUAUAGUAGAAUUCCAGUUAAAAUACUUAAUGUUAGUGACAAGGAAGUAAACUUGCCAUCUUUCACACCAGAUUUGAAAAGUUUGUAUAAUUAUAAUAUUUGUCAAUUUAAUAAGACCAAUAUUGACGUUACAAGGGUUAAAACUUUGCUAUCUGAAUUAAAUUUAAAUUAUUUAGACGGAGAAGAGAAACAAUCAAUUGAAGCAAUUUGUGCAAAAUAUUGUGACAUUUUUCAUUUGGAAGGAGAUAAGUUAACGACAACUAAUAUUUAUGAGCCAUCUAUUGUUUUAAAACAAAACUCCACUCCAGUUUACGUCAAGCCUUAUAGGUUACCACAGGCACUAAAACCAGAAAUAACUAAGCAAGUUGAGAAUAUGUUAGAAAAUGAUAUAAUCGAAGAGUCAAAUAGUGAAUGGUCCAGUCCAAUAUUAUUAGUACCUAAGAAAAGUAGCAAAGGUAAUGAGAAAAAAUGGCGUUUAGUUGUAGAUUACAGAAAACUGAACGAGGUUAUUUGUGACGACAAAUUUCCUCUACCAAAUAUUAAUGAAAUUUUAGAUACGCUUACUGGAGCCAUUUAUUUUACUCAUCUUGACCUUCACCAAGGUUACUAUCAAGUAAGUUUAGAGCCUAGUAGUCGUAAAUUAACAGCUUUCACUACAAAUACUGGUCAAUAUUGCAUGAAGCGUUUACCAAUGGGUUUAAAGAUCAGCCCUAAUGCCUUUAGUCGUAUGAUGUCUGUAGCGAUGUCUGGUUUAACUUACGAUAAAUGUUUAGUAUGUCAGGACGAUCUCAUUGUAUUUGGAAGAAAUCUGUCUUCCCAUAACAAAAAUUUAAUAACUGUCAUGGAGAGAUUGAGAAAAGUAAAUUUAAAACUAAAUCCUCAGAAAUGUGAAUUUUUAAAGAAAGAAAUUCUUUAUUUAGGACAUUUGGUUACAAAAAAAGGUGUUUUACCAGAUCCAGAAAAAACAAAAGUAUUACGAAAUUAUCCUACUCCCAAAAAUGCAGAUGAAGUAAAACGUAUCCCGAUUUUUCCGAAAAUCAUGAAUUUAUUUUACAAACAGACGCCUCGGGUACUGCUAUUGGUUCUGUAUUAUGUAAUAAAGAUCUCAGACCAGUUGCAUAUGCCAGUAGACCCUUGA